CUCAUCGGUAAUCGGAACGAAAGAUGCAUUUCGAAUUAUUCAUAGUGACGAGUGUGCUACAUUAUACAACGGGUGAAUAUUUCAAGACGAAACCCAAUUUUAUACAAACAUGCCUGAAGAGUGAUCCGGAUUUUGAUGAUUGUUCACGGCAAUCUGUUCAAAAAUUGUUCGAUGCUUUAGGUCCAGGUCUUCCAGAAAUAGACAUGCCCCCUCUGGACCCAAUGAAAAUUCCCAAAAUAAGAAUCUUGCAAGGUGAUGGCCCUGUGAAUGUAAAUGCGGCGCUAGAUGACGUCACAGUGACUGGUUUCGGGCAGACAGAAGUACUCUUGAGUCAAGUAGAUAGCAAAACUUAUGAUUUCUACACGAGAGUUCGUGUUCCAAAAAUUAGAAUAGAGGGAACGUAUGAUCUGAAAGGAAAGAUUUUAUUAAUCCCUUUGGUAGGUCGUGGCCUUUGCUGGUUUGAGCCAAGUAACAUGACCAUUGACAUUGUCAGUGAUGUAAAAUUGUACGAAAAAGACGAUUUUGCUUUCUUCAAUGUGACCGCAGCCCAUGUAAAAUACGGUAUUGGUGGAUUAACAUUACGUAUGAAUAAUUUAUUUGAUGGGAUUAAUUCUUUAGAGGACAGCACUAACGCUUAUUUGAAUGCGAAUUGGCGACCCGUAUCCGAGUCCUUAAGACCUAUAUUAUCGAAGACUAUAGAAGAUAUUCUAUUGGGUUUUAUGCAGCAGCUAUUUCACAACUUGCCAGCUAAUUUCAUGAUUGGUGAUAUAAAGUACCAUCCAAGCAAAAAGAGUGACGACAAGAAGAAAGUUUAGACAAACGAGCUCUCUAUUAGCAUUAAUAAUUUAAAAGUAUUUUUAAGUAGGUAUUAUAUUUUAUUAAAGAUAUCUGAUGAAUCAAUGGGCAGUAUUCAACUGAAGCAUUACCAAGAAACGGACUGGAAAUUUAGAAAUACCUACUUUUUGUUUUAAUUUCAAAUCGACCACAUGCCGUUCAGUUAUGAAAGGUUCAACGAUUAGGUAUUUACCGAUUUUCACUUGGAUCCUUGGGUAAAGUUGUCUAAUUUCAUUUCAAGAUACUCAACUCGUAAUUAACAAUAGGUACUUAGAGCACAGAUAGCACAAUACUGUUAAAUACAGAGUAAAAAAUCUACAAUUUUCAUAGACUGCUUUUCUAAUGUCAUCAAUAAUUGUAUUUGUAACUGUACCUUAUGUAUUGGUUAGCAAAUGUUGACGUGUGAUAAUAAAAAUAAGAUAACUA